CUCUCUCACCUUUCGUUGUUAAUUUGUAGCGUUUUUACGAAGGUAGUUCUAUUUAUCGCGCAAGCAAGUGCCCCUCCCAAAAACUCGAUAUCUUUUAUCGCGCAAGCAAUUUGUCGCCAAAUUCUCUGCUGAUUUCGCCGAUGAAGAGUUUGAAUCCAAGCCCGGAAAGCUGCAGGAGGAGUGGAGUAAUCGGGCUGGGUUUGAUCCCGGGCCACGGGCCCGCUGUUACCAGCAUAAAGGUUUCUCAUGGGCACAACCAAUAUGAAGUUUCCGUGCCGUCUAACUCCAGUUUUGGUUAUCUCAAAUGUGUUAUUUGUCAAAACCUUGGUUUGAAACCCGAGACAAGCAAACUCUUUUUCGAAGGUAUAGAAAAACAAGACGGAGAAAGUCUUCAACAAGCUGGUUUGAAGGACAAUUCUGAGUUGUUACUUGUGGAAUCGGUAUGUGAACAGCCAGUCCCCGAAGAAGUUCAAGAAACCUCUGCAACUUCGAAAGGGGAGGAUGCUGUUGCCGAAGCCAGGAAAGAGAUCAACAAUCUUGAGCAGCAGGUUUCUGCAUUGCAAGCUGUUAUCGACAGUGGAAAGAAGGUUGAUGAUAAGGAGAUUAUGUAUUUGACUGAGAUGCUUAUGAGGCAGUUGCUUAAGUUGGAUGGAAUCGAUGCUGAAGGAGAAGGAAAAGUUCAGAGGAAGACCGAGGUACGUCGGGUUCAGAACAUUGUAGAGACACUGGAUGCCCUGAAAUCAAGAAACUCGAAUUCCUCUAACCAUACUCAAAAAAAUGUGUCUGCAUCUACUGAGUGGAGGGCCUUUGAUGCUUCACCAUCUUCAGCUCCACCUGUUGUGCCAUCAACUUCCUCUUCCCCCACCCCUUCUUCAUCUUCGGCCCCACCCAUCGUACCAUCAUCUUCCCCCACCCCCACUCCAUCUUCUGCCCUUCCCGUUAUGCAACCAUUUUCCCCUUCCCCUAUGCCAAUUCCUUCAAUUUACCCCGUGCCAUAUCUUACGCCUUCCAACAUGCAGGCUCCUACCUUUGCUGGGGCCCCACAUUUAACGCCUUCUACUCUGCCAUCCUCCAACUUUCCGACCAUGCCUUACACCGUCCCUACUCCAAUGCAAUAUUUUACACCUUCCACCAUGCCAUCUGCUACCCCUUAUCCUUUCCAAUAUUAUGACCCUUCCCAAUAUUAUGACCCUUCCCAAAUGACAUAUUUACCCCCUUCUGCCGUCCCACCGCCGGCUGCCACUUCUCCAUAUCACGCCCCGCCCUAUCCGCCUCCUUCUAAUCCUUUCUCCAUGCCAUCUUCUACCAAGGUAACAGAGAACUGGGAACACUUCGGCUAAGUCAGGUUUGGAUUGUGAAUCAUGGAUUUUAAUUACGUCACGUGCAUUCAUCACAUCAUUUGGUGUAACGAUAUUUGAGCUGCACACUUGAAUUAAUCCCACAGGGUUAUCCUUGUACCAAAAUUCUUGUUCUAGCUUUCUCAAUGCUAUUUACAACAAUAAACAAACAGAAAAACAAUGUAGGCACAAAUAUUAUGUGUGAGCCUAUAAUUGUUAUCUAUGAAUAUGACUUCUACCCA